CAUUUCCACGGUGGCAGCACCUGAAGGCAGCAUACUCAAAGAUCCGAGCAGCACUUGAAGGCAACACGCACCCGACUGAGCGGAAACAGCUGAAACAGAUUGUUUAACAGUCAGGACCCCGAGACCAGGACCCCAAACCAGGAUCGAGAUCAAGACCCCGAGACCAACACCCUCGAAGUCAGGGUCCAGAGAUUACGACCUCGAGACUGGAAUUCCAACAGAGACCAGGAUCCGGAGAACUGGACCCAGAACCCAGGAGUUACUGAGGAGCGGCAGAGAAGUGGGACACAAACAAAAAGUCGACCAGGUCCGGGGAAUACCCGGUCUAAAGUCAGAAAACCGGACUGUGGACCGAAUCCUGCAAGCUGUAGUGAGGUCUGUACAGAUGAAGAGUGCAUCCAGUCUUCGACCCGGAUCCUGAUGGAUCUCAGACCUUCGUGAUGUCGGCCAGCAGGACGAGCUGACAGAUCUUUCUCAGGACUUUCGUGAGAGUUCAUCGGAUCAGGACGAUGGGGCCUCCUCUGAUUCAGGGAGUUCCUGCUGUGCCAAAGAUGGGGGUUCGUGCUCGGGUGUCGGACAGGUCCCAGAGGAGAGAAGAGGGGGACGUCCAGCCCCUGCCCAGAAGUGACAGUCUGAUCCCCAGAUCCCUGAACGGACCGCCCGGUCCCAACGGGCUGCUGGAGACUAAUCUGGACCAGCAGACCGGAUCAGAGACCAGACUCCCCGUCUGCGACCGCCGAGGCUCUCCUUCCCCGCCCAGGAGGACUCUGUCCCGGAUGAAGAGGAGCAACAGUGAGGUGACGAUCAGCAACGCCGGGGACGACGGUGUGGAUGCUGCUGCUGUCAACCCAAACACCGGUGCCAGUCUGAGGCGGGCGUACGGCAGCACCUCCACGCUGGACCCCUACGCCGAGGCUCAGGAGCCCAGCGCUCCGCCCUCUGAACCUCCACACCCGCACGCCUCCAUCCCGAUGGCACGAAGGGGCCUCAUCCAGAUGGGCCUGGACCAGAAGGACGGCCCAGUCUCCAGCACAGACCAAGAACUUAUGCUACUGGCCGCCAGCAGGCAGAGCAGCCUGGACGUUCGCUUCUCGGUGACUCCUCACAAAUGUUUCUCUCAUUAUGACGUUCAGAGUGUCCUCCUCGGCAUCGGCGGCUCCUCCCUCCCUCACGGUCUGAGGACGGACUCCCGGGCCUCGGCGGCGUCACGCCGCUCGGACUCGUCUGCACAGACUCUGGACAGAGGCGAGGAUCUGGACGCCUCGGGCGAGGCAGACGACGGAAAGAGCAGCAGCCUUGUGGUCAGCAAUCCGUUCUUCUGCAAUGAGAUCGGAGGGGAGGCCGAGAGGACUCUGGGUCUGACCCGGGUCCAGACUGCCGGCUGCAGUGGCGGCGAGGCGCCGCUGGCAGGCCGACGCACCAACGCAAGCGUGUCGAUUCUGGAGGGCUGCAGAGAGACGCAAGCCUUCCCCCCAAACGUCAUGAACAACUGUGGCAUCGAGUACGUGGACCGUGGAGCCAGUUACUACCUGAAAUACUUCUACAGCAAAGAUCACCACAAUUAUUUUGGUUUUGAUGAGAGCUUUGGUCCCGUGUCUCUGAGCGUCCGGCGAGAGAAACUUGACAAUGGGACACAAUACAACUACCGGAUCAUCCUGAGAACCAGCCAGGUCUUCACACUGAGAGGAUCCAUCUUGGAGGACUCUAUUCCCUCUUCAUCCAAGCACGGGACAAGUCGAGGUCUUCCACUGAAGGACGUUCUGGAGUUUAUGGUUCCCGAACUCAAAGUUGAGAGUCUGAGGCGGGCCAGCAGUUCUCCGCGAGUUCCUGAGCUGCUGCUACAGCUGGACCAGCAGGAGCUCAGCUUCCAGUUCAGCGUCGAUGUUCUGUGCUGUCGGACCGCUGAGGACCAGAUCGGAGGUCCUGCUCUGGAACAAUUCCUCAACCUGCUGGCCCACAAAGUCCCACUCGAGGGUUUCGCCAACUACCAGGGAAGUCAUUCAGUUUAUACAAAGUUUCGGGAUUUCGACCUGAAGUUUGUCGCUUCUGCACUUCAACCCAGAACUGUCAACGAUACACAGCAGCUGCUGCAUGAUGGCCACAUCAGGAACGUCGUCACCGUCGUUUUCCAGGAGCCUGAAGAUCCCCCCUUUGAUCCACAAAUCAUCCACUCACAUCUCCACCGCGUCUUCAUCGUGGUCAGAGUCCACCGACCCUGCAGCCAGCACACCUGCUACAGUGUUGCUGUGUCCAGGUGCAGAGACGUCCCCUCGUUCGGCCCGCUGAUCCCCUCGGGUUGGAUGUUUCCCGCCUCGCCCGCUUUCCGAGACUUCCUGUUGACAAAGAUCAUCAAUGCUCAACACGCUGUAAGCAGAUCGGACACUUUUGUUGCCAUGGCGACGUGCAGCAGGAAGCGGCGCCUGGAGGAGCUGGUGGGGAACUUUAGCACGUCGAUGCCAGUGGAGUCCUCGUCCUCCACCAGGUUCAGCUUCAAUCCUUUCGGCGGGAAGAAGAAGGAGCGCAGCGCACGGUGCACGUACGCCCACCUGCAGAGCGCCGGUGCACUCACCUGGGGCGUCACGGUCCCGGACUUCGGCCGCUCUGCCGCCGUCACCUGCAGGCUCGCCAUCUCCAGUGAGCUGGUGGCGCUGAUAGAGGAGGACAGCAGGCAGGUGGUGUUCAGCUGCCUCUGCAGAGACGUGAUCGGUUGGAGCUCUGCAGACAGAGACAUCAAACUCUUCUACCAACACGGGAACUGCCUGGUGUUUUCAGCACAGGGGGGACGCUGGGAGGACGUCCAUGAGAUCACCUACAGACUGCAGCUGGUCACCAGCGGCGCUGCGGCGGUGGAAAUGACUCUGAGGAGGAACCUCGAAGGGCAACUCGGAUUCCACGUGAACUUUGAAGGCAUCGUGGCGGAUGUGGAGGCGCGCGGCUGCGCCUGGGAGGCGGGGCUUCGUCCGGGCUGCCGUUUGGUGGAGAUCUGCUCGGUCGCCCUGGUGACGCUGUCUCACGAACAGAUGAUCGAGCUCCUGAGGAGGUCGGCGAUGGUCAGUGUGGUCGUCAUCCCGGCACGCGGAGACGGCACGCCACGCAGGAGUUUUUCGGAAACGUUUCGUGUCCCGAUGUUCUCAGAUGCCACAUACGGUUCCCUCCAAGUGGCCCCACCCACCUGGCACCAUGUGGCUGUGGCCCCGCCCACAUCCAGAGUGCCAUCCAAUCAGAGUGCAGGCUCUGCUCCUGAGCAGCAGCUGAGUGCACUCAAUCUGAGGUCCAUGUUCAGUGUGACAGAAGGAGCCGGCCCGUCGACUUCCAUUGAACCCCAACUGAUCCACAGAAGAGCUCCUGAUUGGCCGAUCAGCUAUGAUGAGUCCACGCUGGAGAGGAGCAGGAGGUGGAAGUCUGAUGAGAACAAGUACCAUCAUCAGCCUGCUGCAGUGAUGAAAGUCCUGAGGCAGUUUGAGCUUUCUGACUCUGAGAGCAGCGUCAGGCAGCACAGAGUUUCCGGGAAAAGUUGCUCCAGUUAUUCCAACAGCAACACGUUGUCCAGCAGCGGCAGUGAGACACACCCCACCCGCCACACGGGGGUGUCAUUGGACAGCGGCAUAGACUCCGCCCUCUGCGCGUCCUCAGCCCCGCCCCCAGUUCCAUCGGGGACACUGGUUUUGAGAGAUGUGUGGAGGGAAGGGCAGCCUGGGGGAAUCGAGCCCAAAGCCCCUCCCUGUCACCCGAUGGAGCGGAGUGAGAGCUGCUGUCUGUUCAGAGACUCCCCUGAGGCAUCCUUCACCCCCACCAGAGGCUCCACCCAGGAGAAGCUCCUCCCACUGGAGGAAAGGAGCCUGGAAGUCAACAGACUGAGCCGCUGUUCAAUCAGAGAAGAGUGUGUAAAGUUGAUGCAGUUUGAUGCCAGUUUGGGGACAAAGUCGUCCGUCCUGCCCUCGUCUCCAUGGAGAUCCCUGACCCGCAGCCUGUCGGAGGACAGUCUGUACCGGACCUUGUCCCGCACCGGCUCCCGGACGUCGCUGCUGUCCGACCUGCUGACGCCGAGCGACGCCGGAGCCCCGCCCACUCUGCGCAGGAACAAACUCCAUCAUUCUGAAAGCUCAUUGGCUGAGCGGGGACGGACGUCCCUUUCCCGAGGGUCGGCUCAGUUCCUCUGGAAACAGCUGAGAGACGUCACUCAAACCUUCAGGGCUGCGGGUUUGUUCUCGGAGCUCCGGCGGCUCUCUCACGCCGCAGCGGCGGCAUCGGAGAGCUCCGCCCUGCAGGACAGCAACGCCGCGGCGCCCUCGCUCUCGGGUAAAGUCGUCCAGCUGGAGGAGGUCCUGCAGCGGCUGCAGUUCGACCUGCUGCAGGAGCAGCAGGACAAGGCGGCGCUGCAGCAGCAGGUCCAGAGUCUCCGUCAGGACAACCUGCGCCUGCAGGAGGAGAGUCAGACCACCGCCGAGCAGAUCCGCAGGUUCGCACACUGGAUGCUGCACCGAGGGGCGUCGCCAUAGCAACACGCACCACUUCCACCAAUGAGGGAGCACCACGGCACAUGGCAGGCGCUCAGGCGGUCUCAGGUUUUUGACUGGUGAAAACAACCAAUCAGAGCCCAGAGGACGCCGUGAGACCGGAUCAUGUUUGAUUUUAAACUGAAGUUUUUAUUGUGUGAUUCAGAAGCUGUCUGUUGGCAUAGAGAAAUGUUUUAUCACAAAAACACAAAAACAUCCCGUUUUAUUUAAAAACAAACCUGUUUUAACCCGCUUGACCUACA